AUGCCACCGAAUAAAUCGAGUGAUCGUAUCCGAAAUGAGGACAAGGUGUUGGACGCGCAGCAUCACGACUUCAUGAGUGUGGUGCACAUCUUCGAAAACAACCCCCGAUUUUCAGAGCGUUCCUUGCCCUGCCUGUACAAAAACCAUACGAUCUUCAGCUUCUUUACUCCCGUUGCUCACCAUGAGACUCAGCCUGAAAAGUUAAGCAACAUAGUGAUGCAAAACAUCCAACAGCAGAAAGAGCUGGGAGUUCUAAUUAACUAUGCAUGGCACGAUAUCCAGUGCCGUGCCAUCAAAUGGGGGCGCAAAGCACACUUUCUGGCACAAUAUUGCGGAUUUAGCGGUAAUGAGGAGAUUACCGCUUACGCUGACACUAUCGCUAAGGGAGCCGAGCUCGAGUUUCAAAACUUCAUGAGAUGUGGUUCUCUCAUUCCUUCUCGCGGAGAAGGGCGUUCUAUCUACGACUUCGGCUCAGACUUUUCGAUGCUCAGUGCACCCACACUCCUCACCAGCUAUGCGGGAAGACUAGGUGAGAAGAAUGACAUGACUGUUCGCGAUUUCGUGAACCAAGUCGUUACGCUUUGCCCCAAGCCCACCUUCAUUCGGGUUCUCCCAGAACACUUUUCGCAUGUCUGGCCUCCAAAGGAGCGGAGAAGGUAUGCAUUGCGGGCAUUCGUCCUAUCACAUGCUGUUCAGAUCUUGUUGUUUGCCCCCCAGGAUCGAAUACCGAAUCGCAUCUAUUCACGUGAUGGGCCCCAUUACGCUCAUCGCUUUCCAAGUCCUGACAACAUUGGAGGGGGCAUUGAAAAGAACGUUGCAGGUCUCUUUUCAAUGGAAGAUCUCCAUCGAGCAAUCUUGCUCUUCUAUUUCAUGAUGAACCGCCGAAUGGACGAAAUUGGAAGACCCUGGAUCGGCAAGGUGCACAAAUAUGACACGUUUAACGGUGUUCAGUUUCCGGGAUACUCUACCCCCGAUGCCAAUGCUGGCCCUGUUAGUGCUGACCUGCAACCUCGGAAUCAUAGCGAGCCAGUUCGUAACGAAGGACUGUUCCAUACCGAAGCACCGGUUCAUACCGAAGCACCAGUUCCCACCGAAAGAGAAAGCAUCUCGGAGGGUCUUGGCCAUGACGUCUCUAUCACGGAGCCAACAGAAGAUACGAGUCCAAUCACCGGACUUGAGGCAGUUGAUAUCAAUACCAAGAUACUGGAGUCUAUUGUGACGACCUGCCCCGCAAGAACGAUCCCCGAAAGUCUCAAGAUACUUGAUGAACCUGAACCGCGUCGAUUGUCGCCCGGAGGUCUCCAGGCACUGGUGGUCACUUUAAAGAGACACCACCAACAACCAGAUUUUGACGCGCGUCUAGCCAGGUAUCGAGAUACGGUGACCCACAUGUCAUUCGAGAAACACCCAGCAACCAUCAUUGUCGAAGAAUGCAACUUCAGUCAAAAAUGGCCAUUACAUCUGCAAUCCGCUGUUGAACAACAAAUCAAGAAACACUUCCUGGCACAGCAAGAAAGUGAGGGCUUUGAUGAGCAGCGGAAGGGAAUGCUUAUAUCCUUUGAUUGGCGCAACUGUGCAAUUCUCAAUCUUGAUGACGCCAAAGCCUUUCGCCAUGGCGUUGCCGAGGCGAGGAAAACAGUUCAUAUGCUGCAAACGAUUUAUCGGCUACAAGGCAUCGAAAACGCGGCGACAACCCUAAAGUUAGACUCGGCUGGUGUUGAUCAUGUCAGGAUGCUUUCCAGCUGUGGCCUCCAACUGCUUUAUCGUCAAUUCAAGGGCGAUAAAGAAAGAAUAGUUUUUCCUAAAGAUCGCUCGGCCUCCCUCCGCUGGCUCUGCCAGUACAGUCCGAUCAUGACACGUGCUUUGGAUCUGGCAAUCGAAAAUGUUGGCAAAAAGCUGCUGAUUUAUGUCGAUGAUCCUUGGAUUCAGUGCGUGGUUGUGGGAUUGUUCACCAUGGCUGGCUUUGUUGCUGUCACUUAUCACUCUUCGCAUACCGAUGCAGACAGGGAUAAAAUUGUGGCGGAGUGGAAUGACCCAAAGUCUGACCUGGACCUAUUCGUGGCCAACGUGAAUACCCCGAUCAAAGAGGCCAUGUACAGCUCCUGCGAUGAGGUUUUGGUCAUGGGCUGGUUUCCGGACCCCAAGAGAAUGGUCGAGAUUUGUGCGAAACAUGACCAUCCAGAGGCCACCAUCCAUAUUCUCAAGGUAAAAAACAGCUAUCAUGACCAGAUGGAGAGGGAUUUCAUUGUUGAGUGGGCUCAGGGCGGCUUGGUCGCUGCCACUAAUGCUCUUCCUCAGUGGGUAUAUGACAUUCCAGUCAUAACCGAGAUCUGCUGGAGUGAGCUUGCCAAGACAGUCUUUCAUCAACCAUUCAACCGGUAUGCUUGGAUCGCCCAGGAAGACAGUGAUAUUGCCUUCAGCUACCAUAGCGAAGUCACAGCGAGUCUCGGCCAUGUUUUUUCAAUGGCUGCGCGUCUCAUAAUCAACCAGCAGCAGGAUCAAGAUUUCUGGGCGGACAACUCGCAUGUUCUCGUGCAAGGCUGUAUUCUUUUCAACAAGUUUUUCGGCAGCGAUAUCGCUACCAAUCAAGUUGAGGACUAUCUCACCCGUACACCAGAACAACUGCGUGAGGAAUUUCUUCCCUUGUUCAAAUCGGCUAUGGAACUCGCGCUCCAUGGCAAGAAGGGGGAUGAGGAUGAGGAUGAGGACGACCAGGCAAUCAAGGAUGAGGAUGAGGGUGCUGGCCCUAAGCGCAAGGCUUCAGAUGAUGGCGAUCGUGGGGGAAAGAAGCCGAGGAUAGUGUUGACCAGAAAGAACAAGACUGGGUGUCCAGCUCAAGUGCGCGAUACAUCAGGCAUUGCUGAGCAAGCUGAGAAGUAG